UUAGUUCAAUACAGUGGCAUGAUUUUGCUCAAUAUAGAAAUAUUUUUAAAAAAUCCUAUUUUUUGAAGCAUUUAGGAGGCAGAAAUAGGAAAAUAGGACUGAAUAAGACAGGGACAGAAUUUUGUAUUUUCAAAAAAUCCUAUUUUUAAGCAUUUAGCAGGCAGAAACAGUAGAACAGGACUGAAUAGCACUGACUCAGGCUCGGUGGCGGUGGAUGAUUCUGCGUGGCGGCUGUGGGCAGCGGUGCAGCCUUGGAUCCGCGGUGGAGCCGCAGCCCCCCCGGCCCCGCGGCCUUCGGCCCGGACACGCUGCAGAGCAGCAACUACUGGCUGGUGCUGCUGCUGCAGCUCGGCCUGCUGACCUUCGACCUGCUGGUCAACGCCUUCAGCGAGCUGCUGCGGCCCCAGCCCGCCGCGCAGCUCGUGCUGUUCAUCAUCCAGGACAUUUCCAUCCUGUUCAACCUGAUCAUCAUCCUGCUGAUGCUGUUCAACACCUUCGUGUUCCAGGUGGGCCUGGUGGCCAUUCUGCUGGAGCGCUUUAGAGCUUUAUUAUUGCUCUCCGCUCUCUACCUCACCUUCAGCAUCAUCCUGCACUCCUGCCUCAUGAAUCUACGCUGGCUAAACACAGACAGAUAUAUCUGGACAGACGGCCUCCAGGUGCUGUUUGUGGUCCAAAGAUCUGCUUCUGUUUUGUACUACUACUUCUAUAAGAGGACCUCGGAGUACCUGGGGGACCCCCGUCUGUAUGAGGAUUCACCCUGGCUGCGAGAGGUCUUUGCUCGGGUCAGACAGUGACCAGUGACCAGGGAAAGGAAAUGUAUUUUAAGAGCAUUUAAAGUUUAAUCAAGAACUAAUGUAUAUGUAAAACAUAGA